CCCUGUUUUUCGUUUCUCUAUAUAAAGCCCCGUUCCCCUCCUCCCUCCACUAUUCACUUCCAGCUUUUUAUUCUCAACUCAAGCUUUCUCAAUGCUCGCCUCCUCAUCUUCAACCUCCUUUCUCCAACACCCACUUCCACUCGCUCUCUCAAGCAGACACCAACCUCAAGCAAAGCCAUCUUUUCUUAGAUUUCGUCCGCACAAAACUGUAGCUGCUGCUUGUAGCGCAGCAACAGAGACAGGUCAAGCUCAGAGACCUCACCUUAAUUUUUCUGUUCAUCAAAUGGCCUCCGCUGCCUCAUUGUACGAGGUUCUUGGGAUCCCCAUGAGUGCAAGUUGCCACGAUAUCAAGACGGCAUAUAGGAGGUUGGCGAGAAUGUGUCACCCUGACGUGGUGGCCAUCAACCAGAAGGAAGCAUCGGCCAACGAUUUCAAGAAGAUCCAUGCAGCUUAUUGCACGCUGUCCGACCCCGACAAACGUGCCUGUUAUGACAGAGAAAUUUAUGGGUAUCGACGAAGGCCCUACGGUUCUUCGCCGCUCUCAUCGUCGGCGGUGGCCAUGGCGGGGUUUCCUGGACGUACUAGGAGGAACUGGGAGACUGACCAGUGUUGGUAGCUAAAUUAGAUUAAGAACUAUGUAUACAUACAGAGUUUUACAGAAAAAAGGGAAGGGAAAAAAAAAACUAUGUAUGCAUAUCAUCCCCUGUUAUUCACUUUCUGUGAUCGAAAACAGAGCAGAGAACAGGGUAUAACGAUGCCGUUUCUCUUUUUUCGGAUGGGCAUUCACGUGUAAUAUAUUACCUCGUAUUUAUUUCUGCUGGUCCCUUUUAUUCA